AUGGAUAAGCUCAUCAACGCCGCCAAGGACUACCUUGAUGAUGACAAGGAUAAGCGUCAAGAGUCUCAGGGACACGGACAGCAAGGCUACAGCGGUCAACAGCAGGGCUAUGGCCAACAGCAAGGUUACGGACAAGAGGGAGGUUAUGGUCAACAGCAGGGCGGCCAGUAUGGUCAGCAGCAGUACCCUCCUGCCGGAGGUAUCCAGGCUCAGGGCGGCGGCGGCUUUGGAGGCUUCAUGGGCGGAGACAUGGACCUUGACAACGCCAAGGAGGAAGCCCACCAGAAGGCCGGAUCAUCUGGCGACAAGGACCUCUUUGGUAGCAUCCUAGGUGCUCUCGGACAGAAGAAGGGCAAGCUUGCCGAGGAGGACCUUGAUGAAGAAGAUGCCAUCAAGCAGCACAAGAGCACCUACGAUAACGACGAGCCUCAGCAGGACAGCAAGAGUCUUGGCACAGCCGCUGCCAUGCAAGCUCUCAAGAUGUUCACACAGGGUCAAAGCGGUAGCAGCGCCGGCGGUAACAGCCAGACUGCAUUCUUGGGUCUUGCCUUGGCCGAGGCCAGCAAGCUCUUUGACAACAAGGCUUCGAACGGCAAGGUAGCGGAGGGGACCAGCAAGGAGGGCGUCAUCCAGCAGGCUGGUGAAGUCGCUAUGAAGAUGUACUUCAAGCAACAGAUGGGUGGUGGUGGUGGACAGUCCGGUGGUGCUGGAGGACUCAUGAGCCUUGCCUCCAAGUUCCUGGCCAAGUAA